AUGGUGUUGGGGCAGAUAUGGUCUCUUGCAGACAUGGAUAUGGAUGGAAAAAUGGACAAAAAGGAGUUCUCAAUAGCCAUGUUCCUCAUAAAGAAGGCUCUAGAAGGCACACCUUUGCCACUUACCUUACCUUUAGGCCUGAAGAAUGAUCCUCAACCUGCGUUCGUGACGUCGGGCUCCACACUAGCCCUGAGUUUGGUAACCAGUUCAGGUCAAAAUGGCUUAUCUUCUGUGUCGUCGUCAAAUGGACAUGAUUCUAACUUUUCAUCCGCAGCUUAUCAAGAUUGGGUUAUAUCACAGAACAAUCGUCCGCGCUAUCGACUUCUUUUCAAUCAGCAUGAUCGCAAUAAACGUGGUUUUCUAACUGGUGUAGAAGCCAGAAGUAUUCUCCUACAAUAUGGUCUUUCAAAUCCUGUACUUGCUCAUAUCUGGAAUCUUGCAGAUUUGGAUAAGGAUGGCAAUUUAAAUUGUGAUGAAUUUUGUAUUGCUAUAUUCCUGAUCGAAAAAGCACUUUCUGGAUCUCAACUCCCUAGUACGCUUCCGCCUGGUCUUUUGCCUUCUAAUCAAGCACGCCCAUUCAGUAACUCAAUAUCACCUGCCAAUGUUAGUUCUAAAGAAGAUGAUAAUGAAAGCAAAGAAAACAAAUCAUCGUCUCUUAGUUUUGAAGACAAACGAAGAGAAAAUUUCCGGCAGGGUCAGGCAGAACUGGAUCGACGGAAACAGGAGUUGGCAGAAAAGAUGCGCCAAGAAGAGGAAAUUCGUCUGGAAAAUGAGCGACUGGAAAGAGAAAAACAGCAGAAAUUACGCUUGGAGAAAGAGCGCCAACAGGCUGCAGAAGCUGAAAAACAGGCUGAACUUGCACGACAGCUUGAAGCACAACGAGAACAACGUCGUCGUCAAGCUGUUGAGCAAAGGAUGAAAGCUGCACGGGAGGCUGAAAAGCAGCGUCAAAUAGAGUCAGAGCGCCUUCGUACUGAAGCUCUUUUAAAGGAACGAAACCAUGUACAAACUCUAUUGGAGCAAGCUGUUGCGCAUCGUGCAAGUCUACUUGAAUCAGCAUCAUCUCAACAACAACGUUUAUCCGAAUUAGAUUCACGUCUUACACUUGCACAAACUGAAGUUGAUUCUCAUAAAACAGUUAUUAAUGAAAUGCGUGGUAAACGCGACGCCUAUGAACGUGAUAUACGAGAUAUGACUGAACAAAUGGAAGCUGCCAAAGCAGAAUUAACACACUGGCAAAGAGAAAAAGAACAGUUAAGCUUGCGCAUGACAGCUGGAGUGGAUAUGAAUCCCGUUAUGGAACAAUAUAAGACAUUACAGUCAAUGCGUGAAGCACGUAUUAAAACAAUUGAACAACUACGGAAUAAAUUAAAUGAAUUAGAUCAGAAUAUGACCCAGCAAGGUCAUGAAUUAGCUACUAGACGAAAUAAAAUCGAUGAUUCACAACGACGUGUUACUCGUGUUAUGCUUGAUUUAGUUGAUUUACGGCAUUCAGUUGAACAGAAAAUGCAAACAUAUAAAUCAAGAAAAAAGAACACGGAUUUGUCCACAUCCAAUUCAACUACUGCAUCAAGUAAUCAAAAGGAAUUGUACGAAGCAAUGUUUGAUUUCACCGCUAGACAUCCUGAUGAGUUAUCGUUCACAGCUGGAACUCUAAUUGAUGUUUUUCAGAAUGCGCCUAUCAAUGUUGGCCCCGGUUGGUUAUAUGGUCAGAUUAAUGAUAAAGUUGGUUUAUUCCCUGAAUCGUAUGCCAGAAAAAAAGUGGAUGGAAAAAUUGAUCCAUUUGAUCCUUUUGGUGUUCAUAAAGUAACGAACAUCUCUAAUCCGGUUACAACAACUACUACAUCAACAUCUGGCAUUGCAAAUAAUUCUCCUUUUGAUCCCGUCAAUGUAACUAAUACCGUCAGCAGUUCAACUGAACCUGUAGAUGGUUUGGUCAAAGAUGAAUCAUCAAAAACUCCUGGUGAUGAGUCUUUACGAGAGGUGCAGAAUAACUGGGACGCCUCACUAUGUACGCAAGUAUUACCUGUAGAUGUGCAGCCAGAUCAGCUGCUAACUUUGAAAAGUGGAGAUCAGGUUAAAAUCAGCAAAGAGAGUGAAAAUAAAGAGUGGCUGUAUGCUGAAGUUAUUGAGAAGUCCGGCAUUACCAGGCAAGGUUGGCUACCGGUUUCCUGUUUGAAACCAGUCACAAAAAUGUCUUCUGAUGUAAAAAACGGACUGAAUGUCACACCUAAAUUGCCAGCUGAUUCAUCUAUACCGCAGUCAAACAACAUCCUUUUCUCAUGUGUAGCCUUGUAUCCUUAUGAAUCCAAUGUACCUGGCGAUUUAAAUCUAUCUGUCGGUGAUUUAAUCCGAGUAUAUGUAAUUAAAGAUGAUUGGUGGGAGGGCAUGUGUGAAAGAACUAAACUCCACGGUUUAUUCCCAGCAAAUUAUGUUCGUAAACUAAGUAAAGAAGAAAAUCGAGCAAUGGAGGAAAAAUUAGGCAUUGGGAGACCAGUCGUGGAACAAAGUGAAAAUAACAAAACAGCGAUAUCGUUGCCUCAGUCAAAGUCAACUCCUGUAGCGUCACCAAAACCAGAGGAUCAAGGUUCUAAUGAUCGAACGGUGACCCUAUUAUCUUCAUCGAAUGCAUCGUCCUCGCCUUCAUCAUGUGGUGUUGUUGUUUGUACUCAACCAGAGUUCGCUCGAGUCAUUGCCCCGUAUAAAGCUACUUCAGCUGGUCAACUAAGUCUUCAACCUGGUCAAGUGGUACAACUUCGUAAAAGGUCACCUAAAGGCUGGUGGGAAGGCGAAUUACAGCAAAGAGGUCAUAUCCGUCAAAUAGGUUGGUUCCCUGCAGAUUUCGUUCGACUCAUUUCACCUCUAACUGUUAACGGCACAUCCGAUAUACCUAGUCCUGUAUUAUCCAAAGAUCAAAUUGUAUCAAAAGCAACUAAUUCCACUAGCAAUCUAACUGAGAAUAGCCCUAAUAGUUUAAAGGUAUUAGCGUCUAAAGCAGUUACUUCAAAUAACAAUGAAAAUGAUCAAAGUCAACCGGUACAGUCUAGUCAUGUGGAAAUGAUGCAAACGAUAUUCAGUUACAAAGCAGUUCAUGCAGAUGAACUCACAUUUGAUGAAGGCGCCAUUAUCACUGUUCUUGGUCGAGAUGAACCUGAAUGGUGGCGUGGUCGUCUUCAAAGUUCUGGUGCUGAAGGCCUUUUUCCUGUCAAUUAUGUUCGUCCUUAUAAACCUCCUUCACAAACGGAAAAGCCGUCAAGUCAACGUUUAAGUUCUGCUAUUCCUAAUCCGAUUGUUAGCACUGACUACUUAUAG